AUGGGAAAUACGGAGAGUAACGUAGCCAGUGGAGUGAAGAAGCAGACGGACGCUUCGUCGAUUGUACUUUACAAGUUGGUCGACAUGAAAGGAGGUGGUUUAUUGGUAGACAUGAUGAAAAGGGCGACGCAAACGAAACAGUACGCGGAACUGGAUCACGCCCUAAGAACGAAGGUAGAGCCGUAUUUGUACAACAAAGGCAAAGGUAAAUGGAUUCCGGUGGAGAAGUUGGUUCUGAUGCGGAAUAAAGAUCGUCCCAGGCACAAAAUGCUUCCACCGCUGAGGGCUAUGGAGAACCCGGCCGAUUACGAUAUAGACAAGGAUAUGGCCGAGGAGGAAGUGGACGAGACGAAAAUAGAUAAAACAAAGUACAGAUUAGUCUGUUGGAGCUUGAGCGAAAGAGGAGCGGUUGGGGAAACGAUUUUACAUUUGUGCAUGCUGCACGCCACUGCUAUUCACACCGACCUGGCUAAACGUUUGCUACGUUUUUAUCCUAAGCUUAUCAACGACGUGUACAUCAGCGACGAGUAUUACGGCGAGAGCGCGUUGCACAUCGCGAUAGUGAACGAAGAUCCGGCCAUGGUGAAAUUCCUUCUGGACAGCGGCGCGGACGUACACGAAAGAUGCGUGGGAAACUUUAUGUGUCCAGAAGAUCAAAAGGCGUCGAGGUCGGACAGCCUAGAUCACGAAUGGGUUUGCGUAACACCGGAAACCAAUUACAGCGGAUACGUUUACUGGGGAGAGUAUCCUCUCAACUUCGCCGCGUGUUUAGGACAGGAAGAAUGUUACAGAUUGAUACUCGCUAGAGGAGCAGAUCCGGACAAACAAGAUACCAAUGGAAAUACCGUUCUACACAUGUUGGUCAUCUACGAAAAAUUGGCUACCUUCGACAUGGCAUACGAAGUGGGUGCGUCGUUAGCGAUUAGGAACGCUCAACAUUUGACGCCUUUGACCUUAUCCGCUAAAUUAGCCAGAAUCGAAUUGUUCUUUCACAUUUUAAACAUCGAGAGAGAAAUUUAUUGGCAGAUCGGGAGCAUUACGUGCGCAGCCUAUCCUCUCUCGCAAGUCGACACGAUCGACGUUACCACUGGCAGCAUCAGUCACAACAACGCUCUUAAUCUGGUGGUGUUCGGCGAAAGGGACGAGCAUUUGGAACUGAUGGACGGUAUUCUAGUCGAUCUGUUGAACGCAAAAUGGAACACCUUUGUCAAAUCUCGAUUCUAUCGUCAAUUCUUCCUUUUUUGCUUUUACUUUGUCCUGUCGUUGAUCAGUUUUACCCUGCGACCCGGUCCGCCCUCCUCUUCUACCGCUUCUACUACCGUUACUACUGCUACUGCUACAGUAGAUAACCGUGGGCCAACGUCGAGCGUUAUUUGUCCCAACCUCGUCAACAUGGCGGAUGGAAUCUCGAAAGAUUUACUAAAUUCCACCCUCUUCCUUCUUCUCGAGAAAGUCCUGACCACCGCUAUAAACUCAAGUUUAACCUUAACGGAGGCGGGCCUCGAUAAACUGAAGCUCGACGUUGCGUACGAUUUAACGUCUACCUUGAACAACUUUUUCUCCGCGGAUCGUCGAAACGAGAAUAAACGUUUGUACGUUAAAAACGAUACCGUCACGGUCGAUCGUUAUCUCGAAAUGACUUUCACUAGGGCAGCGGCACUCCAAGAUAUCACGUCGUCGAUCUCUGCUAGUGACAAGAACGAUUGGUGGAACAAUCUGACGGAAGAAUGCAGACUGAUGCACUUGACAAGUUUAUCGGCAAAGAUUCGACUGACCGCUGAGGUACUAAUGGAAAUCGCGGCUAUUCUUUAUAUACUUGCCGCGCUACGAGAGGCCAGAUUUCUAGGUCUUAACAUGUUCAUCGAGAAUCUAAUGACCGCCCCGUCGCGAGUAAUGUUCCUCUUCUCUUGCUGCAUACUCCUCUCUUUUCCAUUGCUUCGAUUGUCUUGCGCCGACCAAGUCGAAGACAUGUUAGCGGUGAUGGUGAUGCUAACCACGGCGCCGUACUUUCUAUUUUUCUGCAGAGGUUUCAAGACGGUUGGCCCGUUCGUCGUAAUGAUUUACAGAAUGAUCAUGGGCGAUCUCCUCCGUUUCGUCUCCAUCUAUUUGGUCUUCGUAAUGGGAUUUUCUCAAGCAUACUACAUUAUAUUCCUGUCUUUCGACAACCCUGAUACACCGGAAGGAGUAGACGAUUCGAUGAGCAAUCCAAUGCCAUCACCGGUUGAGAGUAUCAUGGCGAUGUUUCUCAUGAGCAUGACGAAUUUCGGAGACUAUUAUGGCGCGUUUGAGAGGACGCGACACGAGUUAGAAGCGAAGCUUCUCUUUGUGCUGUACAUGGCGAUCGUUGCGAUUUUACUCGUAAACAUGUUAAUUGCCAUGAUGGGAAACACGUAUCAGAAAAUCGCUGAAACAAGGAACGAAUGGCAAAGACAAUGGGCACGUAUAGUUUUAGUAGUAGAAAGGGGAGUAAGUCCAGAGGAAAGGCUUAAGAAAUUAAUGGACUAUUCGCAACCAAUGUCCGAUGGUCGAAGAGCAUUGGUACUCCGAUUGAAUCAAUCGGAAGAAGACAAGGAAGAAAUGAAGGAGAUUUUAGAGAUGAAAAGAACUCACGAUAGAUUAUGGAAAAAAAGGCAGAACGUUACUUUGUAA